CGUUCGUCGCACCGCAGUUUCCCCGCGUACUCCACAUCGCGCGAUCGUCUCGCAUAAUCGAAUUUUACUCUGUGCUGUGUUGUGAUACGUGCUGUGCUUGUGUAUUAUUUGGAAUGCGAAAAUGAAAAUAGAGUGCAAGUUGUUAUCUACAUCGUAAAACAGUGAUAGUAAGCGGCACGAGAUGAGUGGUGGUGACUCCAUCUAGCCAUGUCUGCAGGUUUGCUGUUCGGGACUUUGGGCGCCCUGGUACUCUUCGCAAGAACCGGUGGUACUGACAACACCAACCAUCUUAGUUCAGAUGGAGUUCAAGAAAUAGAGUACACUGAUGUAGACCUGGGGCUGACACAGCGAGGGCCGUAUUUCGACGUGCCCUACUCCAAGAAUGUUACAGCCUUGGUUGGGAAGACGGCCCAAUUGAACUGCAGAGUUCACAAUCUUGGAAAUCGAACGGUGUCGUGGAUUCGUCACCGAGAUAUUCACCUCUUGACGUCUGGACGAAUGACGUACACUUCAGACCAGAGGUUCAUCAGCGUUCAUAACGCUCACACAGAAGACUGGAUCUUAAAGAUACGGUUCCCACAAAGACGAGACUCCGGCAUUUAUGAGUGCCAAGUCGGAACCACACCGCCGAUUGGACAUCGAAUGUACCUCUCUGUUGUCGAACCACUGACGACGAUCCUAGGAGGGCCAGAACUCUUCAUCAAUACAGAGAGUACCAUCAACUUGACGUGCGUGGUGCAACACUCGCCUGAGCCACCACCUGCCAUCAGGUGGACCCACAAUGAUGAGGAAAUAAACUACGAUUCUCCGCGUGGCGGGGUAUCCGUGAUCACCGAGAAAGGUGAAAUGACGACGUCGCACCUCCUGGUGCAGAAGGCGCGGAGUUCUGACUCCGGGAGGUACACCUGCGCACCAGCCAAUGCCAACCCUCGAUCAGUGCUCGUCCACGUACUAAGCGGGGAACAUCCAGCCGCUAUGCAACAUGGCGGUCAGCUCCGUCUCCAGUAUCCCUUGUCUGCAGCCCUGCUCAGCGUAAUUGUGGCUCUCAUGGGAUGCUAGUAUAUAUAUCGUUGUAUAUCAGUAAGGUGAUCUUUUUGGUGUGCCUCAAUAAUUACUAACGACUGUCGCUAACAUCUCUAAUGAUAUUAUACGAUUGUGCUUCUUAUAUAUGAAUACUCUUUGUACUUUAUAGAUGUAUAUCUGUAAAGUAUACAUAUGUAGAAAUAUAGUGUACACGUUUUAACAGUAAUGUGCAGAAAUUAAGCAGCAGACAUCUAUGUGUUUCAUAUUUCACAGAAGAUAAAUUUUUAAUGGCGCCUUAGCUUAAGAAAUAAGUAAGCAAAUUCAGCCUCUAAUGUCUUAAGGCGAGUGACUAUGGUGCCGUGCACAAUUUUGUGUUUUUAAAAGGAACCUGGAACUGAACAUAAGUUCACAUCUCGAGUGUUCCUAAUGACCACACAUACAUCGCGACUCUGUCAUACAAAUGCACCUACAUUAACUUUUACGCAAUAGGCAAUGGACGUCUUAGUAAUUAGAUUUCGCGCAAGGGGCCGUCCCAAAUAUCAAUAGCAUAAUGAUUCAAGUACAUUGCUAGUUAUUACUUAUAAAUUGCUAAGAACCAUAGUAUAAUAAUAUACUCCGCCUGGUAUUUUCUUCCCAUGAUGGCCCUUAGGCCCUCAGUCUUAACUACCACUUCAUCGCUAUUAUCGUAUCGCUCACAUCUAUAGCUUUGGUUCACUCAAAAUUUGUCAAACAGUCAUCGCAACUGAUGACGUAUUCAAAUUCAAAUAUUUUUAUUCAAAUAGAAUAUAAUAAAAUCACUUAUUGAAAGUCAAAAACUACCACCCAUUCCAAAAGGUAUGCCUCAGACCUGAGAAGAACGGGCGCAAUAAACUCAACGGGCUCCUUUUUUUAUAUAAAAAUAUGGUUACAAUGUAAAAUAGGCGGUGGGUGGUUGCUCACUUCCCAAUCAGUGGAUCAUUAAGAAAGUCAUUUAUGUUAUAGUAAUCUUUACCACACAAACGUUUUCAGGUUUUUUUUCUUUUCAAUUCUUAGGCUAAUGGGCGCGUGAUGAGAUCACAAGCAUUUUGUUACUAUUAUUAUACCAUGCUAAGAACUAAAACAGUAAUGGUGGUUCUUGUCAGAUAAGUCAAACGUACGAUUUUUAUAAAGUCUAUGAUCCGUUCAAAUUAUUUUAAUAUUAAGAGUACGGUAGAGAUUAUUCAUGUUGUAUGGUCGCUUCAAACACAAACAAAAUACUAGAUUGAUCAUCACUAAUAGCAUUAUAAGUAUGAUUUUGACUGAAGACAAAUGUAUUCUAUUAUCCUUGACUUGAUAAACAUGAGAAUGGAAUGAAAGAUAUAUCUUUAUUGCACAAAAUAAUUAAAUAUAACAAAAAUCAAGAAUACAUAAGAAGCAAUAGGCGGCCUUAUCGCUAAAGAGUGAUUUCUAUCAGGCAACCUGUACUGAUGUAGUAGUGGGAUUAUAGGUAUUCAAAUUUCGUGUUCCUAUUUUAUAAUAACGGUACGUUUACUUUUAUAACAACUUUAAUUCAUCAUUAAAAUAAGCUAAAUUAAAUUACUUUUUUAUAAAUCAACUUUGAGUUACGCAAAACACUCGUAAGUGGUAUGGUGACUGAUUAUGACAUCAUAACUUAGAAAUCUAUGAAAAUGUGUAAUCGGUGAUAAUUAUCGAGCCGUGACGUCAUUAAUAUUUCAGCUAACAUGACCGAUCGCCGUAUUUUUACCUUAAAAACUCUAUUUAAACUCAAAAUUUCUGUCAAAGCUGGUUCUUUUUUUAGAAUCCAUUCAUCACACAUUUUUUCUUAAGCCAUUUUCAUUCUUAGAUUCUUACAGGCAUCAUGUCCUUUGUACAAUUAAGACAGACCAAAAAGAUUUCACACUUAUUGUAAUGAAUACAUUUCAGUGUAUGUAUUUUAGAAAUAACUUUUGUAGCAUAUUAGUUAAAUAAUAUUAUGUUAAAUUACGUAAAACGUUAUUCAUGUAAGUAAUACAUUAUAUGUAUUUAAACAAAAUACUCUCGCCAUUUUAAUUGAUAGUGGUUUAAAAAUUUCACGCAAUUGUUACAUUUUUGGUACAAUUUUGUCAUUUUAAUUGUUUCAAAUUACUCAGUAAUAUAGUCUGAAAAUGUCCAAGUGUAUUUAUCCAUUUAUGACUACUUUAUAAUAAAUAAAGAAUAAUAGUUUUCAGUCUGACGUUUGCGACAUUCGUUAAUUUUUUGUCGUCCAUCGGAUAGGCAAAAGGUCCGAGCCUAUAGCUCCAUAUUCGUUAAUAUUCAUUAACAACGAUAUAUUGAUAUGUAUGAUAUUAAUAAUUUUAUUAUUUUUAUUAAAUUUCUUACAUAUUGUAUAGGUAUGUUAUUUAAGUCAUAAUAUUCAUAUUUUGGUUGACUGUAUAUAUUAUUUUGUUCAUACCUGCACAGGCAUGUCAUAUCGCACUAUGCCCUGACUGACUAUUGACUUACAAAAUCUCGCCAGAAUUCGUUUUCUUCCCAUUAAGUAUAAUAAAUCUCCGUACGAAAUGAGGCAAUAAAUAAAUUACCAAGACUUUUGCUUAAUUGUUUCGUUUGAUGGGCGUUAAAUCUCUUCAAUUGUAGGAACUGGAUCUAAGCUCAAGUGUCAGGUCCUAAGUGAGGGGCGGUCAGUUAAGUUUGAGCUUAAAUACGCCCCACAACAAUGCGCAACCAAAAUGAUAUUAUACCACUUUCCUUCAAUGAAGAUUAUAUUGGCAAUAAAAGUGUAGAAUACUUAACUUCCACUUAACAAUAAUAAAGAAAUAAUUGACAAUUGAAACUGGUGAUACUAAUCUUAAUUAUAUUAUAGAAUAUUGAUUUGAAAUAGGAACUUUUGGUAAUAACAAUAGGGAGGCAGCUUGUAAUCGCAUUGUUGUUUUACUGCUUGUUUGAAUUUUAAAAGCUUUUUUAUAAUAAUUGAUAAGCGAGUAGGCCUACCUUUUCAUUCUGCACGAGCGUAGCAUCGGCGAGGCAGUUGAAGAGUAACGAAUUUUCGGACUAAGUUUUUAGAGAACACUUUUACCUAAUACUAUCGUGGACAGUGUUAACUGUUAUUUUUCUAUCCGUGAGGACCUUUAAUUGUAUUUUUGUUACUAUUAGUCUUUUAUUGAAAAUUAUUGUACACUGUUGGUCUUAUUAUAUAAAAUAAAUAACUAAAAAGAAUUAGACUGUACUGCAAGUGGGGCAACAUUAUAAUAACUAUAUUAUUUUGUUCCCUAAAGGAAAGAUUUUUUUUUAAAUAAUCAUUAUAAAAAAAUGUGAUUAAAAAUCAGCUGACCGAUUUGUUUAUUCUCCUAUUUUGAGGGUAGACUACAUUUCUUUCUUUUAAUAUUUUUCCCGCAUUUAAUUCUAACCGCUGUCGCCCAUCACUUAGAGCUCACACAGUCUCGUUAGCGUGGACUCCCCGCGGGCUGCAAUGAAAACUCUUUUGACCAAUUAGUGUAACUGGCAGCAAGCCGUAAAGUAUUUAUAUUAAAAAAUAUACCAUUUCAAUCAAAAAGAGCUUUCUUUGGAUCGUGACAACUUAUAUUAAUGACAGCACCACACCCGAAAAAAAUCACAGAAUGCUUCGGGUAAGAAAUAUUUUCAUUUUUUUUUAUUUCUUAGGACAUAUUUGUAAAAUUAAUAGAGGGUCUUUAAAGGGGAUUUAAAGGCUUCAAAACCAUUACGAAUUAGCAAAAUUUUUUUUGAUGGCAUCUCAAACUUUCAACGCACUUCUGAUUCCUCUGUUGUUAGAAGAGAGGACCUUACAUCAUUUAUACGUCUAGAUAGACAAUACAGCUGUGAAAAUGUCGAUAAAAUGAGUUGAGAACUAACCUCUAUUCACAGCAAUUCAAGCACACGACACAAAGUGUCAUACAAAUCGCGAGUGUAAGACAUAGCUUGUUACGCAAGAGACUCUAUCUAGACGCAUAAAUUAUCUAAGGAGAGAAUAAGCUACGGGGAUUACUUACCAUCGGGUGACCUGUAUGCUUGUUUGUCCCUAUUUUCCAUGAAAUACUUCAAGUUCAACUUGGAAUAUAAAUUGACACAACUGUGGAUCUAGUGUUCAUCUUCUGCCAACGACUGUACAUGAAUAAAAAAUUCAUCGUUUACAGUUGUCAAAAAUACUUGUUAUGUGUUUACUGUUUGCAGUAGACAGUGACAGCCUGAGGGGCACAGUAUCAGAUGUUCUACGGCAGUACCCUGAUUGUCUAUUGUCUUGUAUUACAAGAAUCAAUCAUUUAAACGCAUCUUUAUUUAAAAAAAAUUGGAAAUAUCACGAAAAAUCUUUGAUGAAAUCGAAAAUUGGUAAGCAUUUCAUGCAAAAUUAACAACAGUACACAUCGAGUGUGUUCUGUUCGAUUAACGUUAUUUUGUUCCAAGAAUUAACAAUUGCGAGUAUUCAUAUUAUAUUUUUGGCAAUUAAUUGUUAUAUUAAAUGUAUUUCGUUUCAAAACAUUUAUGUAUCGCUUAUAUAUAAUUGUAAAUACUUAAUUAGGGAUCAGUGAUUGAUUGUAAAUUUGACAAAUGAAAUAAGUAAAAAAAAUCGCACUAUUGAAAAAGGUUUAAAGUGAAUAAAAACUCUGGCCUCAAUUUUAAAAAGGCCCGAUUUGCCUAAACUCCUUGAAAUUUGCAAGACAAAUUGCUUCAAAAUGAUUGGGUGCUUUUUUAUACCCAAACAAUUGCUUUUAUUGUAUUUUUUCCUCUCUUUUAUGUAAAAUACCCUGGUUCGAUUAAACUUUACUUUAUCAGAUUAAAUGAAAAGUCAUUAUGCUGAGUCUGAAUUGAAACAUUAUGCAAAACUGCGCACAGAAUAUUGCUUCUUGACGUCAACUUAAAUUAAGUCAUUGUUUUAGUUAAACUUAGUUUUAAAAGAUUAUGAAUUAAUAAAUUAAAAUAAUAAGGAAAAUAAAAUUAGUUGAAUACAGUAGAACCUCGUUAUGUCGAAUCUCGAUAAGUUGAAAACCUUCAAAUCUCGAAAAAAUGUUUUAAUUUUACUCAAAAUCUCAAUUAUUCGAUUAAUCAAUCAAUUAGUCGAAGUAAUCAGUGAGUCUCUCUAAGCCAUUUUGGUAUAUUCUUUCCCUCCAUAACUCGAAAAAUUUAAUUUUACCUCCGUAUCUCGAACAUAGCAAUGUUUUAUUUUACAACCUUUACAACUCGAUUUUUGGAGGCCUAUUGCGUCUAUCUAAUUAAAGAAAUUGUAAGUAAACCAUUGUAUCUUAGAAAGCAAUUUAGGGGUAUACAAUGAAUAGAAUUACCAAAAAUUUAUGACUCACGUGUUUGUUUGAUUGGUAUCAGAAUUAUUUUUGAUUUCAUUUGUUGAGUGAAAUAUUGUCAGAAAUAGUUUAGUUCUACUGCUGCUGUUUUGAAAUAAUGUUGAUUUAAAAUAAACAUUUAUUUUAAGAAUUCAUCUCACCCUCUUUUUGUUGAAUAAAAAUCCGACUAAGUCGAAAUUCUCUAUAAGCCAAAAACUCUAUAACUCUAAUUAUUUGGGCGUAUACCUUGAUGUUCAACUUAUAAAGGUUCUACGGCUAAAUUGAAAGUCGAAUCGAAGGUAUAUAUUUGUUCUAAAAAUACGAAGAUUUCCAUAAUCUUAUUCCAAGUUGGAAACCUAAAAUAAUUUCACUCAUCAUCAAUAAUUCUGCUAUGGGAGUUUUCAACAUGACAAUUAUAAAUUUCACAACUUUCAUAAACGAACGAAUCUCCGACUUUUGUGUGUUCAAUAUUUUCGAUAGCAUUUGAACUGCAUCAAUAUUUCAUUUGUAAAAUUUAUAUUUUGAGCAUUUAAUAAAUUACCAAAUAGACUUAGGGCAUCACGUUACAAAUUCUUAAAGUAUACUAAUGAAAAUUAAUAACGCUUAGGACUAAGAUUGUAAUUACAAGAAUAUAUCGUUAAGUUAUUAAGACAGUCGGUUUGUAAAUAAACUUAUUAUUAGUAAAUAAUAUUGUUAUGGAAUAAUAACAGUUUGUUUUUAAAGACAAUUUAUGAUUAGAAUUUAUGUAUAGUAUUCUUCGUAAUAAAAAAAAUAAUUAUUAUUGUAUAAUACAUUAUGUUACAAGUAUUUUGUGUUUAUUAAUAAUAAUUUAAAUUUCCUGUGUUUAUGUUUAACUUCCGAUGCAAACAAUUGAGCUUGUGUCAUUGGAUGUAGGUGAUCACUUGUCCUAAAAGGCAUAACAGGUAUUUAUUUUUCAAAAUUGAUUCUUUUAGAAUAAUUUUUUUUUGAUGUCAUUUCUAGUACUACUAUACCAAUGCCUUAAGUUGUUACUCCAGUAGCUUGUGUUUAUGUUUAAGCUGUCUUUGAACUGUCUCUUGCAAAAUAAACUUUAUCGAUCAUCGAUAUUAAUUUGACAGAUAUAAACAGGCUUGGAUUGUUUUACUAAUACCAAUAUAAGAGCCAGCAAAAGACGUACUUAAACCAUUGUAAUAAUGGUGAAAUCCGCAUGCUAACGACAAUAUAUUUGGUUCGAGCUUUGUAGCAGCUGCAGUAGUAUUGUAAUAUUGACUAUGAAAAUGACGAUGCAAUUGUUGGAUGUGGACGUCAGUUGAGCAAUUCAGCUUUGUAUUUGACAUGAGUCAUAUAUAUAAGGCUUGAUCACACCGAGGACUCGCAUGCGUUAGCAAUAUUAGUUCUUCUAAAAUUUGGUUGGAAACUACUGCUCUUCUACUGACAUUACAUUUUCGAAAUAAUUUAAAAUAAUAUUAUAUUUGACACCCUAUUGUUAUGUCAAUCAGACUUGUUCACCAGAAUGUGGUUUAACUAAUUUAUGACUUGCGUUUAUAUCAUUUAUUGAUUCAUAUUAUGCUUAUAAUUCACUGCCAUUGCAUUGAUUUUCCACUGAUUAUUCAACUAUAUCGAUAAAAUCGAGUUGGUUUGCGAACUAGUUCUAAAAGAUCUUAUACAAUAAAGCAAAUUAGCUCGAGACCAAUUAUAUAGGCAUAUAAUGCCUAUAUAAUAUCAUUGCAUUCAUAACAUAGCAAUAUAGAUGAAGAUAAAUUAUCAUUGUUACAAAGUAUAUUAAAGCGUCUUUUGUUGGUACAUGUAUUUUUAUUAACAUACACUAUCGAAUAUCCGUCCAGAAACAAUUAAAUCAUAGGCUGGGGUCAGACAGUCAAUAAAUAUCGUGAUAAUUGUGAUCUUGUCAAUAUUUAUUGACUGUGUGACACAAAACAUUGAGUGCAGAUUCACCAUCGUCUAUAGAAGAGUAACAUAAAUUUCAAACAGCUUCUUCAAUUGUUUGAAACCCUACCAGAGUUGUGGAAUGUCACAAAUGCCCACAACAAAAGCAGCACUUAAAAUAUAAAGGAAAUGAAGCACUUGAUCGUCUUUUGUCUAUGUACAAAUACAAUUACGAAACACGUCUACUCGAAAGAAUGAUCUUCUGAAUACUGACAAUAUUGAAAUCAAUAUCUAUUGAAAAUGGUGUACGACCAGAUCAACUCAUUCAAUAUAAUAUUGAGACAGGUAUAUUGGUAUACAGACAGGUACAUUGAUCGUCUGACACUGCCUAUGAUUUAAUUGUUUCUGGACGGAUAUUCUAUAGUGUAUGUUAAUAAAAAUACAUGUACCAACAAAAGACGCUUUAAUAUACUUUGUAACAAUGAUAAUUUAUCUCCAUCUAUACAUAUAAACCAUAAUUGGAUAAAGCUUUGUAAUAAAACUUUGAACGUGAUACCAUCAAGUAAUGCGUAAAGAAAUUACAAUAAUGUCUUUUUAACUAAUAUCAAACCAUUUUAUUAUAGUGCAACAUGGUAUAAUUUUACUACGUUUUAAUAAAUAGUAUUGAUUUUCUUACAUGGCAAUAUUCUACAAGAAUAUUGAUAUUUUAUUCAAAUAUAUCACAUUCAGUUGAGAGUAUAAAUGUAAAUAAUGGUAAGCAUAUUUUUUGGGAUUAUUGUUAUAGUAUAUAAUAAAAUAUUAUAGUCACAUAAUAUUAUUUCGGACAGACGAUAUUGGCAUAUUUUGUAUAAUACAUAAAUUAUGGCCAAUGUCUAUAUUCGAUCGCAAUCCUAAAUUGGCAAAUAGAGCUUAUUGUUUUAAUCCAUUUCAAGGUUAAGUUAUUUCACUAAGCAAUAUGUGAAACAUUUUUAAUUCAAUUUAGAAGAUGACUUCUUAUUGUGAUUCUUAAUGAUAUUUGCAUGCAUGUAACGGAUAAGCGUUCUCUAUAUUAUAAAGAUUUAGACCUGAAGAUUGACAUAUUCUGCAGAAUGUAAAAAAAUGGAUUCUAAGAUUCUUAGAUUAGAUUUUGCAUACUGAAAUCGUUCGUUAGAGCCAUUAAGAUUGGGACACGUGUUGCUAUACCAGAAUACAAAUAGCGCUUAUCAUGUGAUCACGCUUUUCGAUAUUAUUAGAAAAACAGAGGUAGGCUUAAGACUUCAUAGAAAGAAAAACCGGAUAAACGCGGAUGGAACCUUGUCACAUUAAUCUCUCGUGAAAUCAGUGAGCGUCGUGAUUGUGCAAAGGGUACUUCUGAUUGGUCAUUUUGAAGUGUAAGCUUGUCAUGACGUCAGUAAGAUGGUCGUCUGUCCCCAUCUUAUUUUGCGGGUAUAAAAAUUUCUUAAUAUGUCUGUUUUCUUGUAUUAUAAUUUAUCGUAUUGUAUGUAUUUGACUACAUUUUUGAGUGAAAUGUAUUUAUUUUUAAGGGGUGUUGAUUAUUUAUAUUUAUUAUGAAUGUUUAGGCACAAGUGACGUAAGGAGCAGCUGACCCGCGGUUCAUAUGCGGUACUUUUUAAAGCAUUACCUUGAUCCUGAACUACUGUAAUGUUUUUGUAUACAAUCUAAAUAUCAAUAAGCUAAUAAAGAAGUUAAUAACGGCGUAUACUUAUUAAGACCAUGCUAUGGAUAUGAAAACUUUAUCAUGAGAAAAUGUUAAUAUGAAGUAGAACUACUAUUCCGUUUUGCAUUUAAAAAUUACUAAUUUUUACAUUUAGAACGGAGUUUAUCUUGUUCCACCAACAAUUUUAUUUUAUUAUGAACAGAUCAACGUCUUGUCAGAUUGUGUUAAUAUAAAGACAGUCAUAUAGCAAGGAAUUAGCACUUUUUAUUACCAUCUUAUUUAGAUUUCUACACUAAUUAUUAUAAUAUUAUAAUUACUUGAUCCUUUCGCGGUUAUUGCUCUGUUGAUUUAAGACUGUAUUGUAUUUGGGAUGAUUUGUAUAUCAUCUACGUUGAUUUGUAUUUUUUUUUUGUAAUCAUACUGAUGUUAAGAUAAUAAAUUGAUCGUCAAAAUAUGA